AUAACAAUAUUUGGGCGUGGGCGUGCAAUAGAACAUAAUUCUUUCGCCAAAUCCUCACUUCAGUGAGCCUUGCAAGCAACGCUACGUGGAGUAGAUGACUAUCGCAUCCUAACCCCUCUAAUCUCCGUUCGAUCCCCAAUCCGACGGUCAAAAAACGAAGAUGGACCCCACCGCAGUCGUCGUCUUCGCCAUCCACACAGUCCACCAUGAGCCAGGCAUGAUUCCCGCGGCAAUGGCUUCAAGCAACCCCCAGCUCGAUUCUUGAACCCCUACUUAAACCCUGGCGCCCCCAGACCAGUUUCCGCAUCACUGUCAAAUUCUCUGCUGAUUCGGUUGUGAAUCGCUGCCGAUGAGAUGGGCCGUGAGGGAAAAAUGGGGUUUUUGGAUGUUUGUAUUCUCACUCUGUUCUGUACUCUAAUUAUUAUGUCCGAUUUACGCCGAAGCUCAGCUUAUGGAUUGGAGGAUAUCCAAACUGCGGUCUUGGCGGUGAAUGCUUCCUCGCAUUCUGGAAGGAAGAUGUCAGAUACGCUGUUUGGUGUCUUUUUUGAGGAGAUAAAUCAUGCUGGAGCUGGGGGGCUAUGGGCAGAACUUGUGAGUAAUAGAGGCUUUGAAGCUGGGGGCCCUAAUACCCCUUCAAACAUUGACCCUUGGUCUAUCAUUGGGAAUGACUCUACAAUCUUUGUGACGACUGAUCGAACAUCUUGUUUUGAGCGUAAUAAGGUGGCACUUCGUAUGGAAGUUUUAUGUGGCAAUGAGGGAUCUAUUAUCUGUCCAGUAGGUGGUGUUGGCAUAUAUAACCCUGGGUAUUGGGGAAUGAAUAUUGAAGAUGGAAAACAGUAUAAAGUUGUCCUUUACGUAAGAACAUUAGCAGCAAUCAAAUUAUCUGUUUCACUGGCAAGCACAGAUGGGUUGCAGAACCUUGCUUCUUCUAUUAUAACGACAGCUGAACUGAAUACGUCUAAUUGGACAAAAGUUGAGCUAUUAUUUACUGCCAAAGGAUCAAAUGCUCAGUCCAGGCUUCAAUUGACAACUUCCAAUCAAGGAAUAAUUUGGUUUGAUCAGAUAUCAGUUAUGCCUGUUGACACUUACAAGGGACAUGGCUUUAGGAAGGAGCUUUUUGCAAUGGUGGCCAAUCUAAAACCUCGGUUCUUAAGAUUUCCAGGUGGUUGUUUUGUGGAAGGUGAAUGGCUUAGAAAUGCAUUUCGAUGGAAAGAAACAAUGGUUUCCUGGGAGGAAAGGUCUGGUCACUUCGGUGACGUCUGGAUGUAUUGGACCGAUGAUGGGCUCGGAUACUACGAAUUUCUUCAACUUGCAGAAGACCUCGGCGCUUCAGCUGUGUGGGUGGUCAACAAUGGAGUCAGCCACAACGAUCAAGUUGCUACUCCAAACAUAUUAGCUUUUGUUCAGGAUACACUUGAUAGUAUUGAAUUUGCUAGAGGAUCUCCUAACUCAACAUGGGGCUUACUUCGAGCUGCAAUGGGACAUCCAGAACCUUUUGAACUGAAAUAUGUGGCAGUUGGUAAUGAAGACUGUGGGAAAAAAAAUUACCGAGGAAACUACCUCAAGUUCUACUAUGCCAUCAAAGCUGCUUAUCCGGACAUUAAAAUCAUUACCAACUGUGAUGGCUCGUCUUCCCCAUUAGACCAUCCUGCUGAUAUGUAUGAUUUCCAUAUUUACACGUCCUCAAACAAUUUGUUUUCAAUGUCAAAGCAAUUUGACCACACAUCACGUUCUGGUCCAAAGGCUUUUGUUAGUGAGUAUGCUGUGACUGGAUCUGAUGCUGGCAAAGGAAGCCUUCUAGCUGCAUUAGGUGAAGCUGGAUUUCUUAUGGGGUUGGAAAGGAACAGUGACGUUGUUGAAAUGGCAAGCUAUGCACCUCUUUUUGUCAAUGACAAUGAUAGGCGGUGGAAUCCAGAUGCUAUUGUCUUCAACUCAUGGCAGCAGUAUGGAACUCCAAGCUAUUGGGUACAACAGUUUUUUAAAGAAUCUAGUGGUGCAAUUUACUUCCCCUCUACAAUCCAAGCUAAUUCUUCAGGAUCUUUAAUUUCUUCUGCUAUUGUUUGGGAAAACACUGAAGACAAUAACAAAAACAUAAAAAUAAAGAUUGUUAACGUUGGGAGUAACACGGUGAAUUUGAAGAUCUCUAUAACCGGAUUGCAGGAAACUAUAAACUCGUCCCAAUCAUCAAUAACAGUACUUACCUCCAGUAAUGUGAUGGAUGAGAAUUCUUUUGGGGCACCUAAUAAGGUGUUUCCUGUAGAGAAUUCCUUGUCAAAUGCUGGAACUGAAAUGAAUAUUGUGAUUUCUCCACAUUCAUUGACUUCCAUCAAUUUACCACUUGGCCCAACAACUUACAUAUCUGCAAUUUAGAAUUAAAAGGGUAGCAGCAA